GGAAGUCAGUUUGAACAGCCGCGAUGCUCGUAGAUGUUGCGCUGUACGAUUGAUUAAAACUCUUUCCCCCAUCAUCAUUUGUAUCGGACUAAGGAAACUUGAGAAUGCCUCUGCCAGCGGAAAACAGUUGGCAGUGAAGGUCGCGCUUGUGAGGCUUUGGGCGACUCCCUCACCCCCUCCCCCCACUAUGGAGGCCAAAAAGACCACGGUGUGGGGAAACCUGCGACAGAGGGCCAAGCCCUUGUUAGACAACAUGAGGAAGGCCAAGAAGAGCCCUGACAAGCCGGAGGUGCGGAAGAAGGGGGUGCUGGACCACAGGCUGAGCGUGUCCGUUCCUGACAUGAGGCGUGUGCAGCGGGAGGCCGCCCCCGCGCCCGUGCAGGCGCGCAUGUCCGCCGGCCCCCGGAUGCCGGGCCCCGACGCCCCGGUGUAUGGCACUGGCUCAGUGGACCGGCUGAGCGUGCCCGCCCCGGACGUCGCCGACAGCACCUCUCUGGGGUCUGUGAGCAGCACCCCCUCGGAGGACACCCCCACUCUGCAUGUGACGCCUUGUUCGGGGGGAGCAGAGAGAGGGGAGAGUCCGGACACCGCCGAACGCCCUGGUCUGCCAGUCUGGGAUGCCCGGGCUCUGGACAUGUCGGAGAGCACGAGUGAGUAUGGGGACUGUAAUGACAUGGAUACCCUCUCAGUCCAGGACAUGCAGGAGAGCAAUGCCCCCGAGCGGGGAGGGGAGUCGCCCAGCUCUGUCUCUCAGAGAAGCUUCUAUCUCCUCACCGUCACGCUGAAAGAGGGACGCAACCUGGUGAUCAGAGAUCGCUGCGGCACAAGUGAUCCUUAUGUCAAAUUCAAAUUAGAUGGGAAGACUAUUUACAAAAGCAAAGUUGUCUACAAAAACCUCAACCCAUCAUGGAACGAGUCUUUCUCCUUACCUCUGCGCAGUCUGGAGCAGAAACUCCUGAUCAAGGUAUACGACAGAGACCUGACCAUGGAUGACUUCAUGGGCUCCAGCAGCCUUGUCUUGAGUGACCUUGAACUGGACAAGACUUGUGAGAUGAUGCUCAGUUUGGAUGACCCCAACAGCCUUGAGGAUGACAUGGGUGUGAUAAUGAUUGACACGUGUUUGUCUCUGCGGGACGGAGAAAGCAGCAGACAUUUGAAGUGGCCACAGAAACGAAAGAGGAGCAUGAGGGCGGGCGUGGCCCCGCAGAACCGCCGCCUCGCAGACACGCACAGAAAGAACCAGCUGUGGAGCAGUGUGGUAUGUGUGACACUGGUGGAGGGGCAGGACCUCCCUGACGACGGCCAGGGGGACUUCUUUGUGCGUUUCAGGCUCGGCGAUCAGAAAUACAAGAGCAAGGGUUUGUGCAAAAAGGCCAACCCGCAGUGGAGAGAGAGGUUUGAGUUCAACCACUACCAAGACGGACCAGACAUCCUGGAGGUAGAGGUUUGGGCCAAGGAAGGCCGAAAAUACGAGGAGUGUCUGGGAAUGUGCGAGGUGGACCUCUCCAGGGUGCAGGUGAACCAGCGGCAGCUCUACACGCGUGUGCUGGACCAGGGCAGGGGCAAAGUGGUCUUUCUGGUCACCAUGCUGCCGUGCAGCGGGGUGUCCAUCUCUGACCUCUGUGCCCCACCCCUGGAGGAGCCCAACGAGAGGGAGGCCAUGCUGGACAGAUACCAUUUGAAGAACUCCCUUAAAAAUGUCAGAGACAUCGGGUUCCUCCAAGUCAAAGUCAUCAAGGCUACGGAUCUGAUGGCGGCUGAUCUGAACGGGAAGAGUGAUCCUUUCUGCUUGCUGGAGUUAGGGAACGACAGACUACAGACUCACACCAUCUACAAAACUCUGAACCCAGAGUGGAACAAAGUCUUUACCUUUCCAAUCAAAGAUAUUCAUGAUGUCCUGGAGGUGACCAUCUUUGAUGAGGAUGGGGAUAAAACUCCAGACUUUCUGGGGAAAGUGGCGAUUCCUCUGCUCUCAACACAUAACGGUCAGCAGAUCGCAUGCGCGUUGAAAAAGGAGGGCCUGCAUGGGCCGUCCAAAGGCGUAAUAUGGCUGGAGCUGGAAGUCAUUUUUAACCCGGUCAGAGCAAGUAUAAGAACCUUCAAACCGAAAGAGAUGAAAUUUGUGGAGGAAAGCAGCAAGUUUUCCAAAAAGAUCUUAGCACGGAACGUGUACCGCGUUCGGAAAAUCACCAAAGCCGUGCUGUAUACGUUACAGUACAUUAAAAGCUGUUUUCAAUGGGAGAGCACGCAGAGGACCAUAAUCGCCUUCUUGAUCUUCCUGGUCACUGUGUGGCACUGGGAGUUCUUCAUGCUGCCCCUUUUCCUCCUCCUCCUCAUCGCCUGGAACUACGUCCAGAUUGCCUCUGGGAAGGUCAACCACAGCCAAGACCUGGAUAAUGAAGACCUGGGUGAAGACGAAGAGGAAGAUUCUCAGGAGUCUGAGAAAAGGGGACUGAUCGAAAAAAUUCACAUGGUCCAAGAACUCGUGGUCACCGUUCAGAACCUUCUUGAAGAGAUUGCAUGCUUUGGGGAAAGAAUUAAAAACACAUUCAACUGGUCAGUGCCAUUCCUGUCCACGCUGGCCUGUCUGGUUCUGGUCGUGGCUACAGUGGUAGCGUACUACAUCCCGCUGCGCUACAUUGUUUUAAUAUGGGGCAUUAACAAAUUCACUAAGAAGCUGCGGAAUCCAUAUGCCGUUGACAGUAAUGAAAUACUUGAUUUCCUCAAGAGGGUGCCUUCAGACGUUCAAAAGGUGCAGUACAGUGAGCUGAGAGUGGCCGGCGGCCAGGCCCUGCCGAGGAGGAAAAGGUGCUCUCCGUAGGUGCACCCAUCGGGGGAGGGGCUCUCUGGGAGAGGGCAGGAGGAGGGGGGGAGGUCCACCCGGCAACCACGCCUCAGUUCUGCCGGGACCCCUCUCAUGACCUGCCUCCCUGGCCUGCAACCGCCGCCUCCCGGACGCGGACACGGCCCUGACCUAGGUGGGAGGGGUUGCUCGCGAUCCGUCAAUCACAAAUGAGGGCCCGUGAAGGGGGACCGGAAAACCACGGCGCACUUGGCCCAGCAGCCUGUGGAACCGUUCCAUUACCCUGGAAAGCUCUCGCUAUGAGCCAUGCUUUCUGUGAAAGGAGAGACUGGUAGUGGCAUUCAGUGCACCUUGUUCCUCUGUUGAUGUGCCAGUUUGCUGAAUACUGGGUGCUUUGACGCAGUGGAAUAUGCUUUUUUACUGUCUGGUUUUAACAAUAAUGGUCUGGUCAGCUUGAGAAACUGUAAUCACUGCCAUAUCCAUUAUAUUGUUUUAAUUUAUUGAAGAGUUUAGUGACCUUUCUUUGUUGUAAGUAGCUUUUUAAUGCAUCCCGAUAAAACUGCUGCUUAAUUCUUUUUUUGAGUCAUUUUCCACAAUUCCACUAUUUUUUAAUUAAUGAAGUAUAUUUAUUAUGCCAAAAAUGUCAAGUUGGUGGGCUAACAGGGGAAAAAUGAAUGCUGUUUUAAAAUAGCUUUGCACAUAAUGGAACUGCAAUUUUUUCAUGAAAUCUUCCUUGUAAAAUUAAAUUCCUAACAUUUAAUAUUCA